AUGGCUCUACCCUCGGGCCUGGCGACACCACUGAUGGUGGACACUGUCCCUCCUAGCUCCUCAGCCCGGCCCCCAGCUGAUGACGACCCUGUGUCUCCACAGGGGGAGAUGGCCGACACCCCGGCCCUGAGCCCUGAUGGACAGACGAUCUCAGAGCGGCGCAAUGUGGUCGUGCUGCUGCCCACGCAGGAGCGACUGCGGCUGGCCAUGGGGGUGAAGGCCACGGGACGAGAGCUUUUCCAGCAGGUGUGCGACCUGAAGAGCAUUCGAGAAGCCCACUUCUUCGGCCUCAGUGUGGUCAGAAACAAUGAGUAUAUAUUUAUGGACUUGGAGCAGAAGCUCAGCAAAUACUUCUCAAAGGACUGGAAGAAGGAAACACACAAAGGAGGUGGGAAACCCCAUGCCCCCUUUGUUGCCUUCCUCCGAGUGCAGUACUAUGUGGAAAAUGGAAGGGUCAUAAGGGACAGGACAGCCCAGCACCUGUACUACUGCCACCUGAAGGAGCAGGUGCUAAGGUCCGAAUGUGCCCACCGGGAGGAGGCUUACUUCCUGCUGGCGGCCCUCGGGCUGCAAGCCGACUUCGGCAACCACCGCGAGGCAGCCCAUGUGGGCCGGUACUUCGAGCCACAGGCCUACUUCCCGCAGUGGAUCCUAGCCAAACGGGGCAGUGCGUACCUACUGCGGCACACGCCGGCUAUGCACCGGGAGCAGCGGGGCCUGAACCCCCGGGAGGCCGUGCUGCGCUUCAUCAGGGAGGCCUGCCGCCUGGACGACGUGCCUGUCCACUUCUUCCGGCUGCACAAGGACAAGAAGGAAGACCAGCCCACGAUUGUCCUGGGGCUGACCCUCAAAGGAGUUCACAUCUACCAGGGGCAGAGGUUUGAGAUCCAGCCAGAUGGGUUGCCCUCAGCCCGGAAGCUGGUCUACUACACAGGCUGCCCGGUGCGCUCCCGGCACCUGCUGCACCUGCUCAGCACCAGCCACCAGCUUCACCUCAGAGUCCAGCCUGUGUUGCGGCAGCUUCGGCAGCUGGAGGAGGCAGAAGAGAAGAAGUGCUACUGCGAGUCCUACAUCAGUGACACACUGGAGCUGGACCUGCGCCCAGCCGACCAGCACUCCCAGGGCAGCGACAGCAGCGGUGACAGUGGCCACUUUGCCAACAGCCGCGGCAGCUCCCACAUGUCCAGCAUUGAGGACGAUGCCCGGCGCAUGCCAGAGGAAAUGUCUGUGGAUGAGCCCUUUGAGACCACAGAGGGCCAUGGCAGCCAUGCCACCUCCAGCUUGGAUAGUGGCAGUCAAGGCCAGGUCAAGGGGGAUACUCAGGACACAGGGGACGCCUCUCUCCGGGAGCCCUUGGCAGUGGUGCAGAUCACGCUGGUCAAGAUGAGGGACCAGAACGCUGAGGCCUUGCACCAGGCCACACUGAGGCCUGGCUCUCUGAGGCUUAUGGGACACAGCACAGGCCCGUGGGGUCAGAUCCCAGGGGCCGGCGCCCAGGGUCCUGCCGAGCGACACAGCUGGAGCAUGGACAACGUGUGGCACAGCCACCUGGCAGCCUCGCCCGUGCACAGCUACACCUUUGGCUCCGCCUGGGGGGACCCUGCAGCAGGCCAUACGGCCAGGUCCACUCUCCAUGGCAAGAGGUCCCUGAAAUGCCUAUCUCUGGACCUCCUUGGGGAAGGCCAGCCAUCUGAGGAGUUUGUGGUGUAG